UGUCAUCCCAACAAGCGACAUGGGGUACACCUUCCUUUGGCUGGUUGUAGUGAUAAUGCAACACAGGUUGAGUGAAGCCCGCUUCCUCCACUCUCCGUUCAUGUUUCAAGAAGCAGAGUUUCUCUCACAGUUUGACAAGAAAGACGUUCAAGAUGUUGACGUUUGCUCCACUGCUGAGUGUUUAGCUGCUGCCGUUGAACUGAAGGCAUCAAUGAACCUUUCUGUAGACCCUUGUCAGGACUUUUACCAGUUCUCGUGUGGAGGCUGGGUCAAAGAUCAUCCAGUUCCGGCCACCGAGUCUCACAUCAACCAGUUCAACCUGGUCUCUAAAACUCUCUACUUCCAGCUCAGAGAAAUGCUAGAGUCUCCAAAUGAAAAAGAAGAUCCUUUGCCAGUUCGGAACUCUAAACAGUUCUAUACUGCAUGCAUGGAUACAGAUAAGGUGGAAGCUAGAGGACUGAAGCCACUGUCAGAGCUGCUGAAGCAGUUUGGUGGAUGGCCGAUGACACAGAAACGUUGGGAUCAGAAGUUGUUCAACUGGCAAACAAUGUCCUCUGAGGUGAUUAGGCGAUGGGGGCUCGCUCCUCUUGUUUUCUUUUACGUCGGACCGGACAGGAAAAACUCCAACAUCACUGUCAUCACGAUUGACCAGCCGUCGCUGGUACUACCACGCUCCAUGUUGGUAGACAGUGUUGUUUACAAGAAACAGCUUACUGCCUACGUCCACUGGGUGGCUGGAUCGGCCCAGCUGUUGUCUCGUCACACUGGCGAGGACGUCUCUGAAGACAUGGCGUAUCAGGACGCAGCUAAUGUUGUACAGUUUGAAAUGGAACUGGCUAAGUUAACUGCGCCUAACGAGAUGCGGAGGGACGGUCGGAGAAUGUACAAUGACAUGACACUGAGACAGUUACAACAAUGGACAGAUUCUGCCGUCAUAGAGAACCCUGUGAUAGACUGGUUGGCUAUGGUGAAGGGAAUAUUUAAUGACACUGAUAUAAAAAUAGAAUAUUCAGAGAGAAUUGUAGUAAGAGAAUUAGACUUUCUGUUUAAACUGACACAGCUGAUAGAAACUUCUUCUCCAAGGACUGUGGCUAACUACAUGCACUGGAGAUUGGUCAAACUACUGAAUCGAGACCUGAACAACAAAAUCGCUGAGCUAUCUUUUGAGUUUGACAAAGUUUUAUCUGGGGCCACAGAAGAUUUGCCAAGGUGGGAAGAGUGUGUUUUAGCCACCAAUAGUCUUUGGAGAUAUGCAGUCGCCUACAAGUAUGUCCAACUGCACUUUGAUGAUGAGGCCAAACAAUCUGCACUGGAGAUGGUAGGCAACUUGCGAGCUGGCCUGUUGGAGCAACUAGACAAUGUCAGCUGGAUGGAUGAAGAUACUAGAGUUGCAGCCAAAACCAAGGUUCGACAAAUGACACAGUUCAUUGGCUACCCUCACUGGUUCAGCAAUCAGACUUACCUCGAGCAGUAUUACAAUGAGUUGACAGCUGGUGCAGAUCAUUUGGAAAAUGUUGAAAAGGGAAAACAUUUCCAAGUGCUCAAACAUUUUACAAAACUCCGACAGCCGACUGACAGAUAUGAGUGGUCUGCAAGUCCAGCCGUUGUUAAUGCAUAUAUUGAUUUUCAACUUAAUGCCAUUAUAUUUCCGGCGGGUAUACUUCAACCUCCAUUUUUUGGCAAGGGCAGAACAGAAGCUCUUAACUAUGGAGGAAUAGGAGUGGUUAUUGGUCAUGAAAUCACUCAUGCUUUUGAUGAUCUAGGCCGCCAAAGCGAUGGUCUGGGAAACUUGGCUCAAUGGUGGACUGAUGGAACAGUGGAAAGAUAUCUGGACAAGGCCAAGUGUUUUGUCAAGCAAUACAACGGCUACAGAGUGCCUCAACUGGAUGAGAUGCUCAUGAAGACUGCUUAUAUGAAUGGGGUUACAACCCUAGGAGAGAAUAUGGCUGACAAUGGAGGGCUACAUCAGGCGUUUGCAGCUUACCAAAGGUAUACUCAGACGCACGGACCAGAGAAGAGGCUUCCCGGGUUGGAGCAGUUCUCUCCGGAACAUUUGUUCUUCAUUGCAUUUGCUAGGAAUUGGUGUGAGUCAAGCACCAAAGAGUCGCUCCUACAGGAGGUGUUGAGUGAUCCGCACAGUCCCCAUGUGUUCCGUGUCAAAGGUACUCUGACCAACUCACCUCAGUUCGCUCAGACCUUCAAUUGCCCCCUCGGCUCCCCUAUGAACCCCAAGUCCAAAUGUACAUUUUGGUGAUACAGCAUUUGACCACAAUAGUGUAUUAAACCUCACAAAGACUUUUGAUUUGAAGUAAUUAAAUUGUUAUUUUUUUUUAAGUAAUUAGGUUUUCGAUGUUAAAAUGGACUAAUUAGAAAUUACAUGCAGUGUUAUGUUUUUAACUAUUCAAUUUUGUAUUUGUAUAUACUUAUCAUGAAUAUAACUAUUUUUUGUUAAAUGAUA